CAAUUGUUUAUGGUAAUACUGCCCAUUAUUUGGGUAAAAAACGCGAAGAAGAUGGGCAUACACAUGAAUGGACAGUAUUCGUGAAACCAUACUACAAUGAAGAUCCAUCAAAAUAUAUUCGAAAAGUACAAUUCAAAUUACACGAUUCAUAUGCUAAUGCAACACGAAUGGUCGAAAAACCGCCAUAUGAAGUGACCGAAACAGGUUGGGGCGAAUUUGAGAUUCAAAUUCGAAUAUAUUUUGUCGACGUUAAUGAAAAACCGGUAACAGCGUUCCAUUAUCUUAGGUUAUUUCAACCACAAGUUACACUUCCCAACGGCAAAACGAUGGUUGCUGCAGAAUAUUACGAUGAAAUUGUAUUUCAAGAACCUACAAUGUCAAUGUAUAAAGUGUUAUCGCAUUUAGAGGGACGCAAAGCUGAACCGAGACGUUUUCAUACUGACUUUCCUUUUGUGCGUAAACGAACGCAAGAAAUGAUUAACAAUGCAAGAAGUGAAAUUAACAAAGAAAUUCAAGAUUUAAUGGAUUCAUUAAAAGCUGCUCAUGAAUUAAUUGGAAAAUAUUCGAAAGAAGUUGAUUCAUUGGAAGCAGCUGCUGGAAAUCCUGAAGAUGGUAGCUUUACAUGUGAAAGUAGCGGACAAAAUACAUUAUGA